UGAUUGUGAUUUUGAUUACUCCCUUCUUACUUCUUGCCUUAUUAUUUUUCGGGAAUGAGUUUUCUUACAUUUAAAUAAAAAUUGUACGGUGUUAAUUUAAAGAAGAAUAACUUUUGGGCAUUUAAGAGUGUGUUUUGUAAAAAGAAGAGAGUCCUUCAUCCUAUAUGUUGAGUUAAUAAGGAUUUUCACUCCGGGUUCAGAAAAUAAACAAAAUGACAUCGAUAUUCGACCAGUACGAGCAGGCUUCGCAGGUUUCUCAGCGGCCUGUAACAGUAUCAGAUCAAAUGACCUCUUCUGGAUACAUAAACAUGCAAUUAGAAGAUAACACGCCGUUGUUUUCUAAACAGAAAAUGAAUUUUAACCCAUCGGAUUUGAUCACUCAUGUCGCAGUUUCUAGCGACUAUUUAGUAUUGGCGAUGGCGAAUGGGAAGCUAUUUAGAUUGGAUUUAAAGAUGCCAGAUCAACAUGAAGAAAUCCAGUACACAAAAAGUGUGCAACCAAAUUCGAAACUAACAUCAAUAUUCCUCGAUCCACUCGGACACCACUUGCUUCUGGCAUUCGCGGCUAGAAACAAAGACGGGAGUCCGGAACUAGUGUAUCUACAUCGUAAGAGUAAUAAACUGAAGUCUGUGAGUAAAUCACGGAACUAUGAGGUGACAGAAGUCGGGUGGAAUUAUGAGAAUAAGUCGACAACUACCACUGGUCCGAUAUUGUUGGGAACCUCGCAGGGGCAUAUUCUUGAAAUGGAGUUGGAGGCAGAGAGCGACAAGAUGUUUACUGCCAGCCAGCAGUAUUGGAGACAGAUUUUCGACAUCGGUAAAGGCGCGGACACACCGAUCACGGGCAUCCAGUUCCACAGAGUAAACAAUACAAGCAAAUUCUUUAUAUUUGUCACUACGCCGACUCGUCUCUACCAGUUCAUAGGACAUGCGAUGUAUUCGGACGAGAAGCCGUCUCUACAGUCUAUAUUCCAUUCGUAUCUCACAACACCAGAGACGGGGUUUCAGGAAAUACCAUCUACGCUGAAAUAUUCCAAAUUGCAGUUCUAUUUUGAUAAGAAUAGCAACCCCAAAACGUUUGCUUGGCUCACCGAACCUGGGAUUUUUUAUGGACAGUUGGAUCCAACUUCACAACAAAAUUCCAACUCUCUAUUUACGCAAAGCGAAUUAAUCAACUAUCCAUCUCACAAAGACGGCAAAGAGAAUACACCUCUCUCCUUUGUGUUAACCGAAUUCCACGCUUUACUCAUGUAUUCCGACAGAGUAAAAGCUGUAUCACUUCUGAACCAAGAAUUGGUUUACGAAGACAGAUAUUCCGAAAUCCACGGCAAAUUGAAAAACAUUGUAAAAGAUCCAGCAAGACGAACCAUUUGGGCCGUCACAGACAAAGCAGUAUUUCGCUACAAAGUUAAUAAGGAAGAAAGGAAUGUGUGGAGGAUAUAUUCUGAUAAAGAACAGUUCGAUCUGGCGAAAGAAUAUUGCCAGAAUAACCCCGCAUUCAUCGAUAUUAUUAACGUAAAACAAGCUGAUUUGCUAUUCGCUAAGGGAGAUUACGAUAAAAGCGCAGAGGUAUUCGCGGAAACACAGAGCAGUUUCGAGACCAUCUGUCUCAAAUUUCUCGAAGUAGAUCAAGUAAAUGCGCUAAAAGUGUACUUGGGCAAGCGAUUAGAAGCCUUAAACGAUGAUGAUAAGACUCUAAUUUCUAUGAUUGUGAUCUGGAUGACUGAGCUGUACUUAUCUCAGCUCGGAUCGUUAAGGCGGUCAGGGAAAGAAGAUUCCCAGGAAUAUCAUCAGCUGCAGAGCGAUUUUGAGGUGUUCCUCCUUCAACCGAAAGUUGUGCAAUGUAUGCAGCACGUGAAAUCAGUUGUUUACGACUUGAUGUCGUCUCACGGGGACAAACAGAACUUAAUAAAAUUGACAGUGAUAAAUGAGGACUAUGAAAAUGUGGUAGCUCAGCAUGUGUACAAGAAAUCAUUCUUGGAAGCGCUAAAUAUGCUUCAAUCGUUGAAAAAGCCGGAACUUUUCUACCAAUUCGCGCCAGUUUUGAUGGAGGAGACGCCGAAGAAUACGGUAGAUGCGCUAAUAGCUCAAGGGCCAAGAUUAAGCCCUUCGAAAUUAUUACCUGCGUUUUUAUCCUGUGAGAACGAUGAUAAACAUGCAGCAGAGAUAACUAGAUACUUGGAGUUUAUGGUGCAGAACUAUAAUGUGAAAGAUAAAGCGAUACAUAACUACCUUUUGACGUUGUACGUGGAAAGUGAUAAGCCGGCAUUGAAGAGGUACCUGGCGAGGCAGGGGCAAGAUGUUACUAUGGUGAACUAUGAUGUGCAUUAUGCUUUGAGAUUAUGUCGCGAGAACGGUCUCUCCGAAGCCUGUGUGACCCUCUCAGCACUACUAGGGCUGUGGGAAGCUGCGCUAGAACUAGCUCUAGAUGUUGAUGUAGCGCUGGCUAAGAGUGUGGCCGCUAUGCCUGACGAUGUUAGCACUCAGAAACGAUUGUGGCUUGGUGUUGCGGAACACAUAAUAACAAAGAACCAAGAUAUAAAGGAAGCGAUGGCUCUCCUAGAGGAAUGUUCGCUCAUCAAGAUCGAAGACAUCCUGCCGUUCUUUAGUGAUCUCACGACUAUAGACCAUUUUAGUGAACCGAUCUGUCAGAGUUUAGAGGAAUACAACAAUCAGAUAGAAGAAUUAAAAGUGGAAAUGGAGGAUGCGACAAAAUCUGCGGAAUGCGUGCGCAACGAGAUCCAGUCGUUCCGCAACCGCUCCGUGCUCGUGUCGGUGACGGACGUGUGCCGCGUGUGCGACAUCGCCCUGUUACUGCGGCCCUUCUACCUGUUCCCCUGCGCGCACCGCUUCCACACCGACUGCCUGCUCGCGCACAUGCUGCCCGCCCUGCCUCCAGCGCGUAGAAACAAACUGACAGACCUACAGCGCCAACUCGCAGUACUAUCGAACAUUGAGCUAUCUACAGUGACAUCUAGCGGGCUACCGUUACGGGAAGUGUUGAGAAACGAAAUAGACGACAUAGUGGCCAGUGAGUGUGUGCUGUGCGGGGAAUAUAUGAUAUCGUGUAUCGAUAAACCGUUCAUAGCUGAUGAGGACUGGGAUCGCGUUAUGAAGGAGUGGGAGUGAGUGUAGUGAAGGUGGUAUGGUGUUAUGCUACAGGAAAAGUGAUUUGGCUUUGAUGACCCGAAUGGCGCCAGAAUGUACUAGUUAAAAUAUAAAACCUUGUUACGUAUAUGAACAUUGUUUGUCUACUGUAUCAUCACGUAUUAUGUAUAAAUGUUUGCGUAAUCUGUAACUAGAUGGCGUUAUAUCAAAUAUAAAGGAAAAUUGCCCCAAAAUAAAUAAAAAAAUGUGUGCGUGUACUAGUGUACGCACGUAAGAAGUGAAACUUCUUUAUGACCUUAUUUUUCAAAAAAUAAUUUACUAUAUGCAA